UAAGUCUGAGGAAAAGUGUUGUCAGAGUAGCAAAACGCCAAUCGGAAAGCGAUCUGUUAAAUCUUUUUUAUUAUGUGACUAACUCCAAUUUUUUGGUCAAUACGGUGAAGGAUGGUGAGACGUGGGUGGUUUUAUAAUGUUAUUAUUUAGUCGUAUCUUCUUUUAUUUUAUAUUUUUCUUAGAAAUCUCAUUUCUCUAUUUUGUUUUUGCUUUUUUGUUUCUGUGUCAGUGUCAAUGUCUCUGACACGUAUGUCAAUAUAGGUGUGGAUAGUUUUUUUAUAUUUAUUUAUUCAUUUGUUUCUCUAUAUUCUUUUUGACCAAAAACUGUCUUAAUUGCAUUAAAUAAUCUUCCAGUUGAUGCAAUUCUCUUGUUCCAAUUUUCCAUCAUGUUUUGACCAAGGUAUUUAAAGCUUUUGACCUGCUUCAUAUUUGAUUCUCCUAAUUUUAUCUUACGUGUCUUCUCCUUUCGGCUCAUUAUUGUUUUUAUCAUCUUCUGUCAUUUUUACCAUGUCAUCUGCUAGUAUAUAGACCAGGGAGAUUUACAGAUCAAACAAGGGUCGACAUCUGGUCAAUAUGAUCAUAUUUUGCGGUGACGGUGAAGGGUACUUUCACCCUUAUUAUUCUAUAGGUAUUUCUAAAUGUAGUAACAACUUUUUAUUAAAUGGAAAACUUUUAUGACUUGUAACUUGAGGGUUUAUUGAGACCUUUGUAAGUAACCGCUUCAAUUGUAAUAUUAUUUAUUUGAUUUUUUAGUCUGAGCACUUCUAAAUCCACUCCUGGGUAAUCAACGUUCUCCUUAUUAAUGGAAUUUUAGUUCCCGUCUGCGCCGCCUUUGUAAACAGCCGGAACUUCGUAACGUUACAAACCGCAGUAUUGAUUUCGUCCACGUGAUACUCACCCCUCGCGAACUCCCCUACGUGACUACCGACGAUAAGAAAAUCGUCCGAUAUUUCGCGCUUCAUCUCGUUCAACUGACAACGGUUUGUUUAAAGGUUGGUUUUUAAUUGGAUUUUUUUCUUAAAUCCAAUCAUUUGCUUGUCAAAUAAUGGGGUUUAUUUUUAGGAAUAUACCUCGUAACGAAACUGAAUACACAAAAAAACAUAAACUAGUUGAUGAUAAGGGAAUACAGACACUGUUUCAUUCUUAUUUUUAAGUCUUCUCAUCAGAUCCUCCCCAAGGAUCUGCGUAUUUCAGGAUAUUUCUGGAAAUUUUCUGACUUCCCUGUCCAAUUUUUCCCACAACAACUCAAUCUGUAGAGGUCUGGCGACUGUGAUAGCCAAGUAAUUUUUUAAAAGCCUUCUUUUAUCAAAAUCCUUCUAAUUUUUACCAGUAGCCUUCCUCCAAAACAUCUAAAAACCAUCACCGAGCCUCCGCCGUGUUUCACAUGAUUCUAAUAUUCGUUAUUCCUUCGACCUCUUCUAUUGGACCCAAAAAUUUCUUCCACUCUACAUGCGUAAAAUCAGCUUCCCUCAAUCUCCUCUUUACUGUAGAAAUACUCAAAGGCAGUCCCACGUUCAUUCAUCGUUUAUCUCCAGUUGUUGUAGUUUUUCGAGGCCGGUCUAACCGUUUUCUAUCGCUAAAUCUCCGCGUGAAUGCAUAUUUUUUCCCGUUGUAUUCUAUGGAACGCCGAGGUAUUUUUGAUUCGUUGGGAAUGGUACGGUUACUUUGACCUAGAUACUAAUGCACAAGUUUCAAUCGAUACUUCUUUGGAUUUUUAUACGAACUUCUUAAAAAGGUGUCUUGGUCCGAAAAGUAUAAAUCUCAAGACGCCCUUGCGCCUCACAGGACUAAACUACAAUCAUAAACACCCAAGAAAUCAUUCAAAGUUGAAAAAUAAUCAACAAAUCAUCUGGUACUUGAAGUUUCAACUUUUCGUAUUCGUCGAAAAUAUUUUUGCUUGACAAUAUGAAUUACGUACCGGACAAAAACAUUUGACUGGUAGUGUAUGUUAUUAACUGUGAGUUUGAUAUCGAUUUCACGAAUGAUAACUUUCAACCCUCCAAACGAAAAGUAAAAACGGUUCUUCGCGAAUUGGGAUUUUAUUUUGAUUUUUGAAAAAAGUUCUUUUUAUAUUUAUUUUUCAAUAAAAUGAGGGUGGGCGGGUACAACUGCGUUAUUCCCUAUACGUAAGGGAAGAUAAUGAAAUAUAAGAUUCAAACAGCAAUUGGGAAAACGUUAAAAGAACGACAACGGAAAAGGUAAAAGAAACAUAUAAAAAUAAUUGAAAUGUUUUUUUCUAUGAUCAAAAGAUUUAUUUGCUUGGAAAUUUAUUGAUAAUAUGAAAAAAAUGUCACAGCUGAUUAGUUAAAAAUUGAAAUUGAAAGUUACCAAAUGCUUCUCGUAAACGAACGGUUAAUUAACCGAGAUUUGAAAAGAGGCUCUGAUAUAACUCACGAUUUCUCGUUUGGUCUUUUCUACUACUCCCUAAGGACUCAUUUUGGAUAAGCUUUCGGAAAUACGGAAACUUUCCAAUUAGGUAUUACGUUACAGGAAUAAAAUAUCAGUUCGUUUCCAGGAAUUUAGUAUCCCAUAACGUGGGGAACAAGAGAAGUGAUUUAGGUCAUUCAGAUUGGUAACCCAAGAUUUUAUAUUUUCGGAUAAAAUCUAUUUACUCGUAAAACUGUUUAUAAACGCUACUAGUAGAAACUUAGUUUACUGAACUAAAGAAAAAUUAAGUUGCGUGAAUUAUUGUAAUUAUUAUGGGAAUUGAUGCAAAAAGAUCGGGAGUACAUGUCGUGGAAAUAAUGCUGUGACAUAAAAAUUUUCUCAUACGAUCCCUAGUGUUUAGAUUAUAAGAUAUAAGCUGCGAAAUCAGAACUGAUUGCCUCUCCUUUUUAGGGGCUGUAGGUGGAGCCAAAGUCAAAGCACGUUUUAAAGACAAAAAAAUAUACAUAAUACCAUGGACGGAAUUUGGGGGAGUCAUGGGGUAAAAUUGAUGAGAAAAAAUUGGAUAUUUGGAGUCCGUUUUACCGGAAUUUUGAAGCGAAACGUCUUGACAUAUCCUAAUCAUAUGGGAGGUGUCCAGGAGUCGCUAAAUAAUCUGGAACAAUAAUUUUCGAAAGCUCUUUUGGAUUUUGAGUGCCUAUAAUCGAAAUAGGACUCCCCUAAAUUCUCCUUCGCCCCCCCCCCAACAGAGGCUCCGAACUGCACCGGAGGGCAAGUAAUUGUGUUGCUAGGUAUAUGGACAUCGUGUAUUUUGUAAAUUCUAACCUAACACGUGACGCCAUAUUUUGUCUCUGAUUGUGGAAUCGAUAAAGGAAAGAAAAAUACUUUUUCUAAUUCAAAUUCUCGAAAUUUCGAGGAUAUUCAUGUGGAAUGAGGACAAUAUCUUUAAGCCUAUAUAAGCGAUUCAAUGUUUCCCACAUUUUUGGUAUAUUUCAGAUUUUCUGUAUCUCACAAUAUUAAGAAAGUUGUUUUCUUGAUAUAGCCGGGGGAGUGCAAGCUUAGCGUGGGGGAAAAUGACUUUUUUGUCCAUAUAAUGCAUGCCGUCUAUGAAAAAAUAUCACCAUGUAAACUUUUUAAAGGGGGAACCGCCUCUCACUCACAAGAUUUGUUUGUGAGGGGUAAGAAGUUAUCUGAGUAUCUAAAGAUAGUGAAAAUUAAUUUUUAACAAAAAACAUACACUUCCUUUAAUUUGAUAAACUUCAUGGUUUAGGAGAUUUGUAUAUUUUUAGAUCGUUGUUCAUGCCAAGAAAAUCGUUCGCCAUAACGAGAUAUUUUGAAAAAAAUUAUCAUAAAUUGUAAUUUUUUAUUGAAAAGAACACUCUGUACAAUAUAAUAAUAGUUCCAACUCUAUCUAUUCUAGUCUCGUCGUAUACAAAAUGGCUCUCAUACAUUGUUUUAAAUUGAGAAUAGAACGAAUUUUCUUUAAGUCAUAUAAAUAUCGAAAUUUAACUUGAUAAUGACCGUUUUUAUCUGGCAACAUCGCAUUUGUUAUUUUUCGGUUUAAUGGUUAUAAUAAAAAUUUAUGACUAAAAUUCAAGAAACCCUUACAACUUAUCCACUUUACGAUCAUUCCAAACAACAAACAAUAUUAGGAAAUUAUUAAAAACCGAUUUAAAUUUUUGACAUUUAUUUAUUAGAAGUUCUUCUGUCCAUAAUUGUUUGGUAAAUAAAUAAUUGGAAUUUUAAUCACAUUUUUAUUACCUCUUUUUGUAUCCAGUUCGAAUGGUUAAAGUAUUUUGAAACUUUCAGUAAUCAUUAGUAGGUAAAAGAGGAAAAGCUUACCUGACCUAAUAUAUAAAAAUAUUUUGCAAAUUAAGAGUCAGUAUUGAAUUUGAAUUAUCGUGUAAGACAUGUCAAAUAAACGGAGAGUGUUUUCGGUCAAAGAAAAAGUAGAAAUUUUAAAAGAAAUCGACAAAGGAUGUAAACAGUACGAAGUAGCUCAAAAAUUCAACAUCGCGGCUAGUACUUUGUCGACUAUUAAAAAAAAUAGGGAACGCGUCAUGUCGGCGUUCGACCACGAAAACGCCGGUUCGAAAAAACGGAUAAAACCGUGUACAUUCAAAGAAGUUGAUAAGGAAGUUUUAAAAUGGAUAUUAAAUACUAGCAACAACGUGAAAAUUACUGGAACUGCGAUAAGGAAAAGGGCCUUAAUGUUCGCCAGAGCUCAUGGACACAAUAAUUUCAAUGCCAGUUUCGGCUGGUUGGAAAAAUUCAAAAUCAGACACGGCAUCAAUGAUAAAAUAAUAAAACCGAAAAAUUUUAAUAGGAGAAAAAUUGAAGUCGCUGACGUGUGUGUUGGUACCAGCGUUGGUACAAUAACAGAACCAGAUUGUCUUGGUCCUUGCGAACCCGGUACCAGUGUUACUCUAGAAGGAAUAGUUUGGCAUGAAACGGAAGGCGGUGUGCUUGUAGUUAAUGUGACCUGGAGGGGGAAAACGUACGUCGGAACAUUACUAGAUUGUACGAGACACGAUUGGGCACCACCACGUUUUUGUGAUUCUCCUACAAGUGAUUUGGAUAAUAGGACGCCAAAAGGAAGAGAAACACGUUCAUCGGUUCAUAGUAAGCUUAGAAAUGGAGGCGGUAUUGGCAGCAAUUCGGGCGGUAAAGGCCGUCGCGGAGGAGCCGCUAACGGUUCCGGUCCAUCUACAGCCCCGUCUUCACCCACACCGUUCGUUCCGCCACGACCAGACGCAGCGAAUAAACGAAAAAGCCGAGCAGGAGAAGAAGAAAGUACUCCCCAACCUGGAGGAGCUGUAAAAAAACCCAAAGCAUCAUCUGCAUCCGCUUCCGUAGCACCUUGUACAAGUCCACCUUCGUCACCUAUAUUACUCGAAUGUCCUGAAGCGAAUUGUUCCAAAAAAUACAAGCAUAUCAAUGGCUUGAAAUACCAUCAGUCCCAUGCUCACGGACAUGGUUCUGUCGACGAUGAAGAUGCUAAAGAUGUUACUUCGAUGUCUGAAAACGACGAAUCGAAUAUAGAAGCCCCUAGUCCUAGUAUGGUGGCGGUAAAAUCCCCAGAAAAGGUACCGGAAAGCCCAUUGACGCCACCACAACAACAGAAAAAAGAAGAACUUCCAUUACUUCUUAGAGGUUCCAAUUUAUUAGAAGUAUCCAGUCAACCUGCCACACCUCGUAGUACUCCACCUUCACCGGCAACUCCUCAGAGCAUACAAGAAUUGCCACCUGUAGUCAGUUCACCCACCGUGCCUAUAGUAGAGCCUUCGAAAAGUGUUGUCAAACCGGGUGUUUUACGGUAUUCUUCUACUGAAGAAUAUCCAGUAGCUGUUGGAUUAUUCUCAGGAAGUAAACCUCAAGUACCAGGAUCAUCAAUAUCAAAUACGGGUUCAUUAUCAACGGCACGUUCAACUACAGUGCCUUUAGAUCAACCAGUCAAUCAACCGGAAUCGACUCCUCAACCUUCAUCUUUUGCUAAUCAACUGCAAUCCCAGUCACAGUUCACACAACCCCCAUCGAUAAUAAUCCCAUCUCAAAAUACUGUUACUGCAUCAGUACAACCGCUGUCUCCCCAUAUGCCACAAAGUCCCAAAAUCGCCCAGUUCAAGGUUAAACCGACAUCAGCUCUAAUGCCCGAAGAAAAGAAACAACAUAAUAUGUCACAAAGUUGUAACAAAACUCCAACUAUUACGAAAAAGAAGAAUAGAAAAUCUCCAGCAGGUAGUCCUCAUCCUCCGCAAUCUGAACAACCUGUUUUUAAUACAGAACAAUCAGGAAGAGACGAAGUGCAGAGUCCAGCAUAUUCGGAUAUCUCAGAUGACGGAGCCCCCGUUAUAGAAACAGACAUGUCAGAUAAAAAUAAGAGUCAAGAUAAAAAGACAGAACCUUGUCAACCUUUACCUCAUAUGACACAAUACGGUAUGUACCAUCCGUUCUACGGUCAACACCAUCAAUAUUUAGUACCCUCUGCAACGCAAGAGAAUAAACCUAAAGAACAGGAAAAACAACCUGAAAAAGUUGUCGAAAAGGAAUGUAAAAAGGAUUCGAACGAAUAUCCUCCUAAAGUGCUUCAACAACACUAUUAUCCUUAUGGAUACGUACCCGGUUAUGCUUAUAACAUGGAAGCUAAUUAUGGAGGUGUCCAGAUGGUACAAGAUGACAAAAUGAAGGAAGAACGGCGUAAAGAAAGUCCAAGUCCCAUCGAGCAAAAUGUUAAACAACCAACUCCUAUCCCUAAUCCGAUACAAGUACCUAAUCCAGGCAAAGUUAAAGAUCCAAAUCUUAAAGAUAAACAUUCUAACGAAAAUCAUCAAAUUUUAAAAGAGAGUAUAGAAAUCAAAAAUCAGAUGAAUCCGUAUUUGUACUCCAGACAGUCGCAACAACAACAACAACAAAUAUCUCAACAACAACAGCAGCAGCAGCAACAGCAGGCGCAACAACAGGCGCAACAAGCUCAACAGCAGGCCCAACAACAGGCGCAUCAACAAAACCAGCAACAACAACAAGCUCAUCAUAAUCAAAGGGAGGACGAUGUCAGGAGGUUUUAUGUCUAUUCAGAACAAAGGCGAAAGGAAUCUCAACCAAUGUCCGAUCAUAAAUCAAGUUCAACGGCUAAUAAAGUUCAAAUGUCUCCGGGUCCGAAUAUAAAACCAAAGGAUAUAAAAAUGGAGGAGAAAAAGGAGAAGGAAAUUAAACAAGAGGGAGUGAAACCUACAAUGGAAACUCAAGGUCCACCACCUCCACCUACGUCCCAAUAUGCCUAUAUACAUCCAAGUUAUAUGCAACAGGCGCAUUAUGGAGCAUUACCUUUCGAUCCAAGUCAUCCCAUGUACAGAGGAAUAAUGGUCCCUGGACCGUAUAGUGGUAGUCCCUAUCUUCACCCGCCCAUACAAAGGUAUCACGCCCCCGAAGACUUGUCUCGAGCACCGCCUCCAACCAAAACUCUCGAUAUGCUACAACAUCACGCACAAUAUUAUUCGUCUCACAAAAUUCACGAAUUACAAGAACGCGCCAUCAAAUCGCCCACUCCUAAAACGUCUAUGGCUAGUUCGAGUCCAUCGACAAACAAUACCGGCGGCGGAGCACCAGGAGGAGGCGGAGGAGGAGGUAGCGGACCGCAACCUCAAGGUCCUCCGUCGGGUCAAGUGCAGAUGAACGCACCGCCAACGUCUCAAUCUGGAGGUGUAACACCGUCAAGUGGUAAACAGACUCCAGGCGAAGGAAAGGAGCCUAGGUCUCCGCCUCCGCAGAGACAUGUACAUACGCACCAUCAUACUCACGUUGGUCUUGGUUAUCCAAUGUAUCCCGCACCAUAUGGAGCUGCAGUGUUAGCCAGUCAACAAGCGGCGGCAGUAACGGUGAUUAACCCCUAUCCGACAAAAUGAGUACUCGCGUUUCCCCCCAAAUAUCAGACUGAUAAAUAGGAAGCAGUGCUGUAGGACUUAUGCAUUCCAUAAUUUUCGUCUCUUUUUAUUGAAUAAUGUGUACGGCCGUUCUUAUUUGAUACCGAUUCACCUUUAUAUAAAUUUGGGAAAGUAUUCCUAACGAAAUAAAAGUAUUUUUUAUAUUUCGUGGUAAGGGUAUAGAGAAAAACGUUUAUAUAUAAAUUGUGACAUCUAUUCGAUGUAAGUAAGCUCUCUAGGAUAUCCAAUUUUUUUUAUCGAUCCCUUUGUAUGAUAUACUAAAAUUAUUGUUUAAAUGUUUUGCGGCUGCUUGCUAAAUAUAAAUGUUAUUUGAUGUCCAGUAUCUAAACCGCGCCCCCGUACGUUAUAUAAAUAGAUAUUUUAAGUCUUGUAGAUAUAUUGUAAUGUUUUUAUUUUUUUUAGAACUAUUUUCUAUUAGAGGGUUUUAUACGACAACUUUUAUUUUGUUUUUACAAAAUAUAAAGUACAUUUUGUAAAUUUUUUCAAAUGUUCAAAGUUACAGUGUAUCCAAUUAAUUUAAAUAUCGCUUGAAAAAAUAUUUUAAGUUCGUUAGACUAACUUUUCCAUUAAUUCGAAGAAAUAACUGCUGCAUUGCUAAGACGCAUGCGGACUAGUUGUAAAUUAUUAUUAAUUAUUAAUGAGUGUAUAUAGUGUAAAGGCAUACGUCUUUGGAAAAGUCAUGUUUAGAUGAAGUACUUGUAGUAGACUGAUAUAUGAUACUUGACCUAUUUUAAAAUGAUAAUUGGCAGUAAAAUAUAUUAGAUGAUUUUAUUGAA